ACUGCUUCAAACAUAAUCUGAGGAGAGAGAUUCGGCCAAAAUCGCAACUACCAAACUCACCAAGUCAACAUGAAUCUUCUCUAAAACUAACCAUAGUCCCUCCUAAUUAACUCUCUCUUCCUUCUGAUCACCUUCUCAUUUCCCCCAACUCCUCUGAUCACAACAUUGAAGAUUGUUCUCAAUUUUAACCAGAAAAAAAAAAUAAUAAUUCCAAGAAACUUGGAGGUCAUGAUGACCAGUGUGGAGGAUCCCAGAAACACUAGUACGAAGCAAGAAAAUAAUGGCAAUAAAAACAAGACAGCCAUGAAGAUAGUCAAAGCUACAGGUGGUGGUGGUGGUGGUGGAAUUGGGGUUGGUCUUGUUUUCUUUGGUGGUGCUGUGGCCACUGCUGCUUUCUUCUUCAUCAAGAAGCAGAUGAAGAGGGAUCCAAAAACCAGUAAUAAUGGCAGGGAUUGUGACAAUAAAGGCCAUCUUCAUCAUCAGUCUACACCUUCUUUGGAGAUACCCUACAAGUUGAUUGAGGACAAGUAUAUGAAUGAAGACAACAAAGGCCUUCGAUUCGUCGCCGCGAAUUCUUCUCCGGAUUCUGAUGCUGAUCAAGACUUGGUGAUCAGAAAUGGAGAGCAUGAUCAAAAUGGUACUAACAUGAUCUCAGAAGAAGUAACUAUUUGCCUGGAUGAAAAAGAAAAGCUCAAAGUUAAUGGCAAAAAGGAGGAGAACCCUGUAGCUGAUGUUAAAGAUGUCGAACCUUCCAUUUCUCCUGAAGAAUUGGACAGCAGUAGGCAAUCUGAUUCAUCAAACUUGAUGCAGAAGGAGUUCCAAAACCCAAUAUUAGUUGAGGAAAAGAUGCUUCCACAGCCUAACAUUCUGGAGAAUGAACUCGCGACGCCAGAAAUUGAAGAAGAGAAUGCCGAUGGCUCGCCACUCCUAGAUGAUCAAGGCGUGGAAGAGGAAUGCCAACAUGUUUCAAUGAACAAUGAAAGUGAAGAAAUGGAUUCCAACAUCCGGGAAGAUGAAGGUAAACGAGGACUAGAGAACCAGGAGAUCCAUGACGAAGCAGAAGCAAGUCCAUCAGAUCAGAAAAAGCUUCAGGUCAUGCAAUCUAGUGAAGAACUAGAGAGUCCAACAAAUGGUGAUGAGACAAGUACAAGCACUGGAGAUUUGGUACUAAGUACAUGUGAGUUAUCAGGAAAAGUUUCUUUGCAACCACUCUCUGGCAAUCCCUCCCUUUCCAAUGAUGGUAACAUCGGUAAUGAAGAAAGUGCUCAGAAGAUCAAAGUUGUAGUCUUCGAAAAGGAUGAAGAGCCUGAGGCAGCUGAUCAAGAACAGGACAAAGGAGAUAUCUCGGCUACGAUAAUUGAGGUUGAGGAUGAACUGCACCCUGAACAUGUCAAGAAACAGGAUGCUUCUUUUAAUGAGCACGGAAAUGGCAAUCCAAGUUUGAUGGUUGCAGAAAUUGAAACAGAUUGCAAUCCAAAUGAUUCAGAGCUUGACGGGACUAAUGAAGAACAGUACAAAAGUGAUGCCUUCAGUGGGAUAAUGGAAGUUGAGGAUGCACUGUGCCCUAAACAUGUCGAAAAACAGAAUGAUUCUUUUGAGGAUCAGGAAAAUGGUUAUCCAAGUCUGAUAGUUCCAGAAAUCGAAGAGGAUUGCAAUCAAGAUGAUUCUUCACUGACCAUCAGAACUGAAGCAGCGCUUGAGGUCACAAAUGAAUUUCAAGGUGAAGGCAAUGAUACCGUGAUUCAGAUGCCUCAAGAAAGGGAAAAUUCGUCGAAAUGCCAGGUUGGUGUGCUGCUGAUCAGUGAAGCUCUGGAAGUUGCUGAAGAAGUCCAAGUGCACAAGGAACUGAAAGGAGGAGAUCAACAUGAUGCAGAGGUGACUGGUGGACCAAGCCAAGAUACUAGGGAGACCGAUCAAUUGCCAGAAGAUCAUACUCCAGCUACCAAUCCUCAAGAGCUGCAAAUGGAUACGGUGGAAACUUCUCUGGCCGGUCAUAAAGAAGACAACUCUGGUAUUGAUGAGCCAACAUCUGAAGUUAGUCCAUGUGAGGAGAGCAGGGAAGAGGUACCAAAUCUAUUUUCGACAUCAUCUAACACUCCAAACUUGAAGCCCGAAAUUCAUGUUGACAACGGCUUUGAAGAAACGCAUCAAUCUGCUGAGGCCAAUGAAAUGAAAGAAGGAAUUGCAGAAAGUGAAUCAAGUUUUAAGGACAAGAUUGCGGAAUGUGAUGGCUUGCCAGUGCAACAGGAUGAUGAAUACAGGAAUUCUUCAGAGGAAGCUGAAAGUACAGUGCAGUUGAGGAAUGAAACCAAUGUUGCCACUGAAGAACAAACAGUAGAAGUUACAACAGAGGAAGAUGCCAAUGAGGAAACAGAUGAGUUAAAUGUAACCGAAAAAGUGGAGGAGAGCUCAGAAGGGACAGCAGACUCAUCUGCAGAAUCCAACCCCAAGCCCAUCUGGCCUUCAGAGUCGAUUCAAGACCUAACAAUGGACCUUGAAGAAACAGACGCGAAUGAUUCAAAGGAGAUUCUUCAACCACCCAACGAAGAACAAACUGUUGAAAAACAGGUACAACACCUCAAGAACCUUGAUCACAAUGGCGUAAAGGAGAACAAACUCCAAAGGGGGAGUGACGAAAAUGGCAGCCUACAAUUGAGUUUGUUGGAGAAGUACAGGAUGCAGCUUGUGGAGAUGACUCCUCAAACUACAAAGUCACAGAAAAGGAUAAUUCUGGCGUUCGCAACCAUGGCGUUUUCAGGGUUGUGCACAUGGCAUUUUGGCCUGCCAUUCUUAAAGAUCUGUCUCAUGAUCAUCAUGAUCGCGGUAAUCGCCAAAAUGGAUGAGAUUUGAAACUCAGAUAGGUUGUAACUCCUGGAUUUCUUUACUUCUAGCUUCCACAGCUUCUGCAAAUUAAGCAUAUAUACCAAGACACAAUUUACGUACAUGUCUUGAUGAGUACAAUAAACUAUGCAUCCAAUUUUGACUAUCAUUUUAAUAGUUCAUUUUGUGAAGUUAUUUUAGUUCAACGACAAAGUAGGUUAUUAAAAUGAGAUCGAAUAAG